AUCCAAAGUAAUUUCCAUAUCAAACCGUCGUAUAUAAAUCUGUCAUUAAAAUGUCCUGUCACGACAAAAUUUUGAUCAAAGAUUCGUUGACAGUUUGACUCGUUAAGCUGAAUAAGAAUAAAUGUUGUCGACUUUUAGGAAGUGCUGCUGCUGUGAUCUAAAAUGGGGAGCUCUUAUUGUUGCUAUCAUAGACAUGAUGAUGACGGCUGCCGUUGUUCUGGAAACUAAGUAUUUGGCGUAUUCAGUGAAAGAUGAUGAUAUAGACGAUGAUAUGAUAAGCUUUGAUGUUGGUCCGAACUACUUUCUUUGGAUUGGCACCCUUAUUAUCCACUUUGUCCACUUAGUAGCCUGUGUUUUCGUCAUGAUUUCUGUUUGGAUGCAAUUUAAAAAUCUUAUUAUUCCGUACCUAAUAAUUGGCAUAAUUCGCUUUGUUUAUGACUCAAUACUCCUUGUUUAUGUUUGCGUUGAACUUGGCCCCGUAUAUCUAACAUUGCUGCUUAUCCUAAGUGGCUUAGGAGCUGCGAUAUUCUUCUGGUUCGUCGCCUACUCAUGGUUCAAGAUGCUCGGUGAAUCAAGUUCCGCAAACUAAAUAGUAUCCAAAUUUUGCUUUCAAUAGUAUAGUGUAGUUCAAAUUGUUCAUACUUGCAGUGUAACCAAAAUAAAUUCUAAAUUCAAACGUU